CCCGACGUACUCGUCCGCCUCGUCGAAGGCCACGAAACGAAAACGGAACGGAACGCAAACCCAGCUUGAAGCGUGCUCCCACACCUCAUGGGACAACCAGGCCAGCGAGUGGUGGUGGUAGUUGAAGGCAGGCGGUUGUGACGUAGUUACAGUGACUCCAAUCGAGAGCAUCGUAGUGCUAGUGCCGAAAAUGGAAGUGUAGAUGAAGUGACGAAGCUCGUUAGGUAGAAGGUAUAGCCCCUUUUAGACGAGAAAGUGAAAGGAGGAAGAGCUGGUGCUGCUGCUGGUGCCCUCAGCUCGGAACGUGAUCGUGCUGCUGAGUCCGUAGUGGUAGAUUAGAUGAAAAAGAAACAACAUCCAGAAACACAUCCGUAAAACAGAAGACAACGUAAUCGUCCUGCCGUACCGUCCUUGCAGGUCUGUGUUCCGUUCGUCCCGGAUUCCAUUAAACCUAAACCCUAACCUCGCAUUAUUAUUAUCGGUACGAUCGGUAUUGUCACGGGGUCGUGCUCACACGUCGUCGUUGUCAUUGGCACACCUUGGUGUUGGCUGCGAUACCGAUAACGGUACCUUAGGCGAGGUACCGUGCUCGAGGUGUUAGGUCGUGCCUGUUUAGUCACGCGUGUGUGCUAUCCGUGUGUGUGUGUGUCUGUUAACAAGCGAUAAUGCAGCCUUGAAGUCGAACCGAAAAUCCAAUACGAACCCCCGGUACAAGCAGAACAGCAGCUAGACCAAUAAUGACAUCCAGGAGAAGCGCGCCAACAGCAGUAGCAUCGUUGUCGUCGUCUUCGUGGUCGUCUUGUACCCGCUAACCAAACCGUCAACAUCAUCAAGAGGCCACCGAUAAGCACGGCUUCUCAUAGACGCUCUCACUGAUUCACGGCAAUCGACAGGAAUCGUCAAGUCAGCAUCUGGUCUACAAGGUGGUGCUACUACACCGGAGCUCCAUAUCAAAAACUCAUAAAUCAAUCCUGAUCGAACGAGCCGCUAUACCUGUCUGCCACCGUCGGCCGGUUACACUACGGUUCACCUUUCGCCGUACGUUUGCCAGCAAAGAAACUUUGUCCUCAGCGAGCGACUGACGCAAAUGGUGCUUCCUUCGCACACCUUCCCAUCGCACACCUUCGCAGACUUUGUGAGCAAACACCUCACGGUCAAUCACGGUCCCCAGUGGCCGCGCCUGUCGUUGCUAGGAGCCACGGACCGGUCGGGUGAAAAGUAGUUAACAAUCAUCGGCGAACGGAACCAUUUUCCUCAGAAGUGUCGGCUGCAAACCUUGGCCCCCGGGGGAAGCUAGGCAAGCAAACAAAAUAGCCUCCAGCAGCAAACUUUCGCGUGCAAAACGCCUGCAAGUGAACUGUCCGGAGUGAAAUUCCCGGCGACCAGCGCGGAAGUUAAUUAAAGUUCACCAUUUGGCGGCAUUCGACGGCCGAGACUCGGAAUUUUGUUGAAUUUUUGAAUAGCCACUCUGCGAUUGGCACGGUCUGACCGGCCCAAGUGUAUAUCGCCCAGCCAGCCAGUGUGUGUGUGUGUGAGUUCUGGGCGUGGCAGCCUGAAAGGCCCCUCGGGAAGCAGCAGCUCCGGCUCCGGCAGCGGUUGCGGUUUUUCGGGGCCGGUUAGGUCGAUGAAAAGAUGGCCACCCCACCGGACAGCCCCAUCGAGGAGGUGGUGUACGAGCUAGAGCCGACCCGGGCACCGAAACCGAUUCCGGUUGCGCUCGAGGAUCUCUGCCGGUUGACCAAGUUCACCCGCCAGGAGAUACGGGUCAUGUACCGGGGCUUCAAAACGGAAUGUCCGGAUGGUGUCGUGCACGAGGAGAGCUUCAAGGAUAUUUACGCCAAAUUCUUCCCACACGAUUCCAGCCUUUACGCGCACUAUGUGUUCAAAGCGUUCGAUGUCAACUGCAACGGAUCCAUUACCUUCCGGGAUCUACUGGUUACACUCUCAACUUUACUGCGAGGAUCCGUGUACGAACGGCUUAGGUGGACCUUCCGGUUGUACGACAUCAACGGUGACGGGUGCAUUAGCCGCGGAGAACUAGGGGAAAUCAUAACGGCCGUGCACGAGCUAAUGGGUCGCCGGCCCCAUCAACCGGACGAUGACAGGAAAGCCCGGGAACAGGUUGAUCGAGUGUUUGCAAAGCUGGACCUAAACCAGGACGGUAUCAUCACGAUCGAGGAGUUUCUAGAGGCGUGCCUGAAGGAUGACGUCAUCACCAAGUCGCUGCAAAUGUUUGACUGCCUUUGAUGACCGUCGGCCGACAGUGUGUACGCGGGCUCGCGCAAACCCGACCUGGAGCGCUUCGCGUUGAUCCAUCUCUAAGGACCUUGUCUGUGUAUGUGUGUGUGUGUGGGGGGGCCAUUUUGAGACCGAUCGGCUCUGUGGUAGCCACAGACAAGUACACACUCGCCAACGUAAUCCAAUUCUUCCAGGUUAGCAUUCGGUUCUCAUGUCCUUUGCGUUCGGUCCUGUGUGUUGUGUCCGUUAAGAAGUUGCAGUAGUAGUAGUAGGAGUAGUAGUAGUAGUACAGGGCAGAUAGCAGACUGCUGCUUCUGCAUCCCCAUUUCCAUAUCACAUUCCAGCACAUCUACACGAAAGCAAUACAUUACGUUAGGGAACGUCGAGUUAAGGCAGUAUUCGAGGAUGAAUUUUAAAUAGUUUGUAUAGUUUGUAUCAUCACAAAUCCACGCCUGGAACGGUAGAUUACAAUAGCGUGCAAGGCAAUACGUGAUCGAUCGUGAUGCGAGCGAUUUACGCCCAAAAACCGGCGAAAUCACCGUACGGGUCAGGAGCGGAACGUGAAGGAGGGAAUAGGAUCUCUUUAACAAUCAAAACCAUCUGCGCGUUAUCGUAGGAAUCGCCUCAGCAGCGUAGUACCACAACCACAUACCGCCAUUGCUUAGUCAUAGACAGUGCCCCCUUGUCCCAUUCCUACAGAGAUGUCCCCGAAAAGGCUUAGUUGACAAUAGACAAUCGUUCACUCGGGCUCGGGCUUGUGUUGAGUGCUUAGUACAGGACGCGUCGAUCGAUGAGAACUCAAUCUGCUUCGUACAGGGAUUUUAUUGGAGCCAAGCAGCGGCGGCGACGGUGGCGGCAGCGACUGUUAGAUGUAAUGCCGCGUGGCAAUGCCGUUUUCAAACGUUCUCUUUCGAAUCACUGUGAAUUGAAACACACAUAUGCUACCCAUCUGAAGACCCCGUUCCGAGUAAUCAA